UUGUUCUCUCAUUACUCUGUUUUCAUUCGUUCGAUUUAUAAGUGAUCAGUCGCUAUCAUUUUUAUACGACACGAAGAAUCACGGUUUAUAUUUACUUCAAAAUAUUCACAGAAGUAUCAAGGAAUCUUUAUGGUUAAAUAAGAUGGUGUCUUAUUUUUUGUCCUUAUUAUUGUUUGUACUAAGUACUAAUGCAUUAUUGACAUUUUCACCAAACAUAAUACCAUCUUUGCCGAACACUAUUUUAAAUUCAAGUAAUCCAAAAUGUCAAAAAGACAGUAUAAGACUGCAAGAAAAUCUAAACACCUCUAUACUAUGGGCUCAACAAAUGUGGGAUGCAUCAGCAAAACAAGCAGUCGGCUUAUUGACUGGAAACAUAUAUCAGUUAGGAGACUUUGACGAAUGUUUACAAGUAACCAAGCCAAUUCAAGCUCAAUAUUGUCUGAUAGAUAUCAAAAUAAAUGUUCCACGAGAAUAUUCUCAAACGGAUCCUUAUACUAGAGAUUAUAAUCCAAUGCUUCCAUCAUGGCAUAAAAUUUAUUAUGGCGGAGCAAGGUUCAAGCAACGUUUAGAUAUCAUUAAAUGGGCGCUAUGCGUUCCACAAUCAUGUUCUUCAUUUGAAAUUCAAACUUAUCUCCAAUCAUACAUAAAAGAAAAUAACAUAACUUCUAUUGAAAAUAUAUCAGUAAACGAUAAGAUGUGUACACAGACAGAACGUGCAGGAGAUAAGUAUGAUGCUUACGACUGGACUUAUGUGUUUGUCAUUUUAGUACUGCUAUUACUAGUAAUGUUUGCAACUCUUUUUGAUUUUACUGCAUAUUCAAAACAAGAAAUAUGGCAAUGGAAUAAAGAAAACCGUAAAGUUGAUAUGUUAAUGUGUUUUUCCGCGCGACGUGCUAUGCAAAGCUUAACGCAAAGAAAUUACAUAUUAAGAGGCAUAGAUUUGUCACCUUUAAGUGGUAUUUCGACCAUAUCUGCAAUAUCAAUUAUUUUUGGCCAUAGAUGGAUUUACCGUUUAAUGGGACCUUUACAAAAUUACGAAAUCAUCGAGCAGGUGUAUUAUAAUUAUUAUAUAUCAAUUUUUACAUCACACAUGGAUUUAUUGGUAGAUAUUUUUUUUGUCAUUAGUGGAGCAUUGAUGGUUUUGAUUCUUCUUGAUCGCCUAGAGACUUCAUUUGUACAUCCUUUAAAAAUAUUAAUGUUUAAAUAUUUCAGAUUUACGCCUGUGUACGCUAUGGUGAUAUUUUUUUUUGCAACUUUUCAAUACAAAAUGGGCAGUGGACCUUUAUGGGAAAAUUUUAUUGGUACAGAUAAAGAUAAUUGUAGGAACGUGUGGUGGCUGUAUUUGUUAUAUUUAAACAACUACAUUAAAACAGAUACAUUAUGUGGAAUUCAUACUUGGUUCAUGUCUUGUGAAUUUCAUUUUACAACAAUGGGAAUUAUAUUGACGUAUAUCAUUCAUAGAAGUCCGAAAUUUGGAUUCAAUAUUUUGGUUUCACUUAUUGUUAUAUCAACAGCUAUACUUUUCAACAUUACUUAUAUGAACCACAUACCCGCAAAUCUUGAGUUUAACAUAAAUUUAGCGAAAAGUGUUACUAGCAAUAUAUACUUCAUGUCAAUUUAUGUUAAAUCGCAUACAAGAGUGGGUCCAUACAUCGUAGGAGCUAUAUUUGGUUAUUUGCUAUAUAAAAGAAAAAAAAAUUCUCCUAAGCUUAGUAUAAUGAAAAGUAAUGUUUUACUAGCCAUUUCUGUAUUCAUAAUGAUGUUUUGUUGGUUUAGUGGUGCUAUAAUUUAUCACCCUUCUUACGUUUAUGAACCAUUUCUAGCUGCACUUUAUGGAUCUACAAUACGAAGUCUUUGGGCAACGGGAAUAGUUACUUUAAUUUACACAUUAAUAUUAGGACCAUCGAAUUUCUUAAAAAAUAUUUUAUCAUGGAAAUUAUUCAAAGUUGUAGCACAUUUAAAUUUCAACGCUUAUAUGGUGAAUUCAAUAUUUCCUGUCACUGAUACUGCAAGUAGAAGAACACCUGAUCAUUUUAAUAUCAAAAUAUAUAUUACUAAUUCUGUAUCGGAUGUAGUAAUGAGUUAUGCAGCAAGUUUGUUUCUCUAUAUUUUAGUAGAAAGACCGUUCAAACUUUUAAUUAAUCAGAUAUUUAUUUCAAAACCAAAAGUAAUUCAAAAUAAUAAGUGCCGAAACAAUCUAAAUCAUUAGGGCCGAUCCUUAUAAAUUUGUAUUCCAACAACAAUAUUUAGAACAUUGAUUGAAAUGUUGAUAGUUUUUAGGUUUUUUUAAAUUGUAAAAUUUCGAAUUGACCCUCAUGUGUAGUGUAAAUUUUUAAGUAUAUUAUGUGAAGUCAACUUGAUACUAAAGUAUAUUUUAUGAUGCAAAUUUUAUCAUAUUUUAAUAUUUAUCCGUAUUUUUACUUAUAAGUAUCCAGACUUAUUUUAAUUUGGAGAAGUGUAUUUAUAUUUAUUUUCAAAAAUAAAAUACUUUAUAUUAUU